AGUCCCCAGCCAGACCCAGAGACUCUGCAGCUUCUAUUUCUGGACUGCAUUCAAGGAUUUCACCUUUGCAAAUGAGGUUGUAUGCUCACAGGUGUGAGUGCCGGCCCUUAUGCAUGUAGAUCCAGGAUGCAGUCGAAGAGGCUUACCACUGAGCCUCCAUGUAUAACAGAAGAAGUGUUUGCUACUUACUGUGACUAGACAUGUCUGACUCCAGGUGAACUUCACACAAGCACACGAAGAUGUCAGAGUUCUAUGCAGAAUCAAGGAAGAAUGCUUAGCCACAGAUGAUAUGCUUGUGGACUACUUUAAUGAAUUUUUGAGUCUUCCGACUUUUGCACAGCCAGUUAAGUUUAACUCUGACUUUGGGGUUUUUGAAGUAGUUAAUGAUGCCCCACAACACCUGGAAAGUCAGCUGAAAAAAAUUCUACAUGAUCAGAAGCCUCCAAACCCCAUUUAUGAUGUUCUAAGGAAAGCAAAGAAUGAUGGGCAGGUCUCCAAAAUGUGCAGCAUUUCUCCAGCCUUCAAUAUUGAUCCAAAUUACACCACUAUGUGUCUUGAUCGAGAACAAGCAAUUCAGUGGAUCAAGAAAGAAAGGCUUCCAGCAUUUCUAGAAAGCGACUGUUAUUUUGAAUACAGGCUAGCUAAAUUGAUAUCACAGGUAGAAUGGAGCAAGACUGGUAUUAAUUUUAUUAUAGAUAGUGACUAUAAUCCCUGGAUAAAGAAGAGAGACCCAAGUCCUCCCUCUCCUGAGGAGGAUGACACUUCAUUGGCUAUGAAGAAGUUCUGUGUAUCUCUUGGACAGGCUAUGGUUUCUCAGACAAAGGAUUGGUUUACUUUAGCAAAACAAAGUGAAUCCAUGAAAACUACAGAUUCAUCUAUGCAUCCUGUAGCUUCCAGUGAAAUUCAAGAUACUCAGUGUUUGCCUGGGCAGCACGAAAGAAAGGAUUCAUUAAGCAAAAAAGAUAACUUCCUGGAAGCAGGUUCCUGGUCUAAGGAAUGCCACCAAUGGAGUUUCCUUUCCCCUUCAAGGACAGCAUCAGGAAAACCCGACAUUAUUAGGGAGAGAUCCAGAGAGGCUGAGGAGGGUUCUUCUGUGGCCAUUGCUGAACCUCAUUCCCACACUCAUUUAAGAGUUUAUCUAGACCCAAAAUGGGACAGUGCAGCAAAAGAAGAAAAUGGACGGGAAAGCGCAACUUCUCAGACACUGAAAGAAUUCCAGCCAGCUGCUGACACUGAGAGUGAUGUGGAUUUCCACAAACAGCCUGAAGUGUUUAUACAUGAGUUAGAAAAUAAUGAAUUUGCUCGUGGUACUGCAGAGCCACUCUUUUCCCAAAGUUCUUCUCCAUUUACUGUCCUGGACUCCAAGGGAGAUGUAAGAGAACGAUAUACUGAAGAAGUGAGCUUAAGAUCAAGUUCUGAAAGUGACGGGGCAGACAGUAGGGCUGCCUGGUGUAUUAGUCACAGAACUUACGACACUGGCAACAGACAUGAGUUUGAAAGAUUCAAGAAAUUCAUUAAAGGAACGCUUGGGGAGAGGUACUGGUGGCUCUGGAUGGAUAUUGAAAGAUUAAAGGCUCUUAAGGACACUACAAGACAGCAAAGGCAACUCAUUAAGAUGAAAAAACUCUAUCUGCUGAGCAGUGGAGACUAUUUCCUCAGUUUGGAAGUGUUACUCAGACUUGAUCUACUGCAUGGAGAUCAGUGGAACACAAAGCAUUUAAGACAGAUUCAGCCUGAAGUGGUGAAACCUCUACUUCUUUACUGGGGUCCCAGAUUUUGCGUCACUCAUUCGACAGCAAUAGAAACUGCCAGUGCAAAACUGAAGCUCUGGCACAUGUGCCAAGAGAGACCAAGGGUGGACAUUGAUCCUUUUCCACAGAUGGUAUCAUUGCUACAAUUGACACCUAAGUCUUGCAUACCUAGGAUACCACCUUCCCUUCCUCAGAAAAGUAGAACAAGCUCACCAACAACUUUAUUAAAAUUAGCUACACCAAAUUUCUCUUUGAAGAGAUCAUUAAGAUUAUCACCUAACCUGUCAUCAAGUCAGAGCCCCCGAAGGGAUGACAUUUCUAGCAGUAGAAAGUGGCCAAAGUCCAUGAGCAGAAACAUGUUUCAUUGCUUAGCUUUGGAUGACACUGAAGACUCAAAAUACCAAGGUCAUAGAAAGUACACCUAUGCUGAGCUUCUCCUGGGGAAAAGCACUGCUGGCAGUGUUGUCUUAGGGGGAUCAAGAAUGGAAAGCAUGCUGCAAUCUCUUUAUUUGGAGAACAGAGCAGGCUACUACUUCACACACUUCUGUGAGAAGUCAGGGAGUAAGUUGUGGAAGAACAGUGUGUACUUUUGGUUUGACCUACAGGCUUAUCAUCAGCUUUUCUACCAAGAAACUCUUCAUCCUUUUAAAAUAUGCAAGCAAGCUCAAUUCCUUUAUGCAACUUACAUUGCCCCAUCUGCCAGUAUGGACAUUGGACUUCAUCAGAGUAAGAAAAACAUGAUUUAUCAGAAAAUUGACCCAGCUUUUGAGGAUCUUUUUGACCCAGCAGAAGAAUAUAUCCUCACUGUUCUCCUAGAACCAUGGAUGAAGAUGGUGGAAGUAGACAAAUACACUUAUGGGAAGGUGGAGUUGGUGGAAGAAACUCGACAGCUGGACUCCGUGUACUUUAGAAAGCUCCAGGCUUUGCAUCAAGAGAGUGGUUCCAAGCAGGAUGAGAGUACUGUUGCUGACACUGGUCUGCCAUCCUGCCCUGAUGCUCUCAAAGAAGAUCAGCACUUGCACCAAGUUCCCAAAGAAUUGGCAGGUCCUAAUCUAUCUGACCUGAUCCACGACAAAGAGAAGUUAGAACAGUUCUGGGCUUUUCUUAAUGAGCAUUCUGCUGGCAUGGAUCUCAUGUGCUGGCUAGAUAUUGAACAGUUCAGAAAGAUGCUCCACAAGGAUAAAGAAAAAAGGGAGGAAAAGUCUAAGGACAUUAAAAACAAGUACUUAAACAAAAAAUACUUCUUUGGACCCAACAGCCCAGCUACCAGAGAACAACAAGAACAGCUAAUGCAUUCAGGUGGAGGAUGGGGACAAAUCCUACAUGAUCGACUUCCAGCAGCGGUUCUGCUAGAAAUUCAGCAAUGCAUCCAGAAGAGAUUAGAAAAACAAUGGCUGCCAUUGUUCCUGGCAGAUGAGCACCAUGGGGCAGAGGGACAAGCAAAGAUAAGGGACAUAAAUGAAGAUCUUCCACGCCAAAAACAGGAGAAGACAACUAGGAUGUGGAAGCAUGUGGACAAUAAGUGGGUUUCUUCAUCUAGUGAAAUAAUUGCAUUCCGCAAAGCGCUGUUGAAUCCAGUGACAGCAAAUCAGUUUCAACGCUUUGUGUCACUGAAAGGAGACCUACUGGAGAAUGGAGUGCUCUUUUGGCAAGAGGUACAGAAGUAUAAGGACUUGUGCCAUUCUCAUUGUGAUGAUGCCACAGUACAGAAAAAGAUCACAGCUAUUAUUGACUGCUUUAUUAAUUCCGCUGUACCCCCAGCUUUGCAGAUUGACAUCCCAAUUGAACAAGCAAAGAAGAUUUUGGAACACAGGAGAGAACUAGGACCUUACAUUUUUAGAGAGGCACAGAUGACUAUUUUUGCUCUUCUGUUUAAAUUUUGGCCAAAAUUUUGUAAGUUUCGAAGCAAUUUGGCUAGUGACAAAAUUCUACUUGCUUUGGAGAGAAAAAAGGGGAAAAAGAUGCAAAAAAAGGAAGGCAAAACAGCAGAGGAUAAAGAAGAGGGCAGAAAAUUCAUCAGUCUGUCAGGCAGUGCUUUGGGAGAUGAGACUGGUGUGGAGAGAGGACCAGCAUCAUUUUCAGAUGGAUAUGGGUGGCAGGCUUCCUGGUCCUAUUCCAAGUACAUAGAAGCCUUGGAGCAGGAGAGAAUACUCCUGAAAAUGCAAGAAGAUCUGGAGAAAAACUCAUCAUCAUUCCUUACAGGUACCUCGUCUACAUCCUUCCCGAAGCCUGGAAACUCAAAAAAAUCCACCAUUUCUCCAAAGAGUACUGUGAUUUUGGAGAAACAGUCAAAUCUUCCCAAGAAACAGAAAGCAGAUUAAAGUGUCUGUGAGGAAAGGAAUGCAGAGACAUUUAAUGGAGCUGGGCAGGAGACACAAAAAUAACGUGCAUACAAGGUUUGUUCUUACGUUUCCAGAGCAAAGAUGACAACGGGGAGUAUUAUUAAGAACCAUGGGACAUUAGUCAAGGGUAGAAAAUAAACAUCUUCCAACGUGUUCCGUAUCAACACGAUUGUGAUACUGACUCUUGUGUUACUCAUUUCUUUAACAGUACACCCUGAGGCUCAAAUCAGAGUAUGAUUCCACUGAAGUAUGCAUGGUACAAACAACUAGGUGGUCUCGGUCCUAAAGAUGUUAUAAUCAUACCCAGUUCUUCAGUGCCUGAUCUAAUGAAUAAGUAAAACACUGCAUUGAACUGACAGCCCUGAAGCAGUGUGUCUUGGCACCCUGUGCUCUCAGUACUGCAAUUCACGCAACUUCUAUUUGUCAAGGAUAACUCAUGAGGUGUCUGAGCUAUCAUAAAAUCAAACCUUCUUGUGGUUUGCUCCCAGUCCAGUCUGAUUCCUCAUCCAAAGUACACCUUCUGCCUCAUUUCUGAGUUUUGAUCCACAAGAAAGGCUUAAAAUACAUCAGGACACAGAUGUGACUGAGAACUUUUGUAAAACGCCAUUCCUCCCAUGGCAUUACUCACCAGAAGGUUGCAGGAGCUCAUGGCUCUUGUGUAGCUCUCCCUACUUUCUUGCUUGUUUUUACAGUUUUAAGAGUUUCAAAAAGAAUUGGGGCAGA